AUGGUCAGUACGGUGGCUACUACGGGAUUUUUGCUAUUCGGUUACGAUCAAGGAGUAAUGAGCGGUAUCAUUGGUUCGACCCAUUUCUCAAAUGUAUUCACAGAAGUAAAAGGCAAUCCGACUAUGCAAGGUCUUGUCACCGCUAUUUACGAGAUCGGAUGUCUCAUUGGCGCCAUGUUUAUUCUCGGAGUCGGUGAUUUACUUGGCAGAAGGAAGGCAAUGAUACUCGGAGGAUUUAUCAUGAUUAUCGGCGCCACAAUUCAAGUCACUUCGUUCCCGGGCCAUCAACCGCUAGCUCAAUUCAUUAUUGGUAGAGUUGUUACUGGCGUCGGCAAUGGUAUCAACACCUCCACUAUUCCAACUUAUCAAGCCGAAUGUAGCAGAACUUCCAACAGAGGUUUACUUAUCUGUAUCGAAGGCGGUAUUAUCGCAUUUGGUACUGUAAUCGCAUACUGGAUCGACUAUGGCUGCAGUUUUGGCAGCGAAGACCUUUCAUGGCGUUUCCCUAUCGCUUUCCAGAUCAUUUUUGGUAUUUUCGUGUGCGUUUCUAUGGUUUUCCUGCCGGAAAGUCCCCGUUGGCUUCUCACCCACGAGCGGUAUGAGGAUGCCGAGACUGUCAUCUCAGCCCUGCGAGGUUUUGAAAUGGGCAGCGAAGAGACUCACACGGAACGAGACAUCAUCUUGGAUUCUAUCCGUGCCAGUGGCUUCACCGGCCAGAAGAGCACCCCGGUCAAAGCCCUCUUUACUGGUGGCAAGACUCAACAUUUCCGACGUAUGUUGCUUGGCUCCAGCAGUCAGUUGAUGCAGCAAAUAGGUGGUUGCAAUGCAGUCAUUUACUACUUCCCUAUUCUUUUUGAGGACAGCAUCACUCCAGGCGACGAGAACAUGGCACUACUAAUGGGUGGCGUGAACAUGAUUGUCUACGCUAUCUUUGCUACGACCUCUUGGUUUAUCAUCGAGCGGGUUGGCCGACGAAAGUUAUUCCUUUAUGGAACUAUCGGACAGUGCCUAUCGAUGGUUCUGACAUUCGCUUGUCUUAUUCCUGGUCCUCAUAUUCCCGGUCAAGCAUCCAACGCGGCUAAGGGUGCAGCUGUCGGUCUUUUCACCUACAUCGCCUCAUUUGGCGCAACUUGGCUCCCGCUCCCCUGGUUGUAUCCUGCUGAGAUCAACCCCAUCAAGACUCGCGCGAAGGCGAACGCUACUUCGACUUGCACUAACUGGCUAUUCAACUUCCUUAUCGUCAUGAUCACGCCGAUUAUGAUCAGCAACAUUGGUUGGGGCACUUAUCUGUUCUUUGCCGUCGUUAACGCCUGCUUCUUGCCCAUCAUCUGGUUCUUUUACCCUGAAACAGCCAAGCGAUCCCUGGAAGAGAUUGACAUCAUCUUCGCUAAGGGAUUCGUUGAGAAUAAGUCUUAUGUCAAGGCUGCGGAAGAAUUACCUCUUCUCAGUCCCGAGGAGGUCGAGCAAGAAGCUCUUAAGUACGGACUUAUCGAUGUUGCCGCUAGGGGUGCGGCGCGUUCUGCUGGCCCUGCUGGUGUUGUUCACGAGAAGGCUUACAGUGAAAAGAGCGGGAAGAGUGAUGAGGCCGGAAGUCGCGAGGAGAUUGAGAACUAA